GUUGAACACGCCCUCUGGACUUUUCCUUGCGGGCCGCCGAACAAAAAAAUCCCCACCAGCGUCCGUAGCCUGGCUCAAGCCUUGGGUCAAGCCAUUUUGACUUAGGGAAUUUACAACGUGGCUCAAGCCGCGGUGCCGUGUUUCCUCGGAUGCUGGGCAUCGGCCGAGGGUCUCGAGAAGGCGUUAUUUCCCUCGACGCGUCGAUCAAGAACUGCGGUCGGACAAAACAGUGGAGCGUAGCACUGCGGUUGCUCCGCGAAGGACUUCGAUUAGGUGUGCAACUUUUCCCAGGCCACUACAUGGCGACUGCCAGCGCAUGCAGAAAUGGCGGGCAAUGGCAACACGCGCUUUCAGUGCUCAGUGACAUGUGGAAGGCGAAGUUGGAACCCGACGUCAUCAGCUACAACGCUGGGAUCAGCGCGUGCGAGAAGGGCGAGCAGUGGCAGGCGGCGCUUGCGCUGCUGAGCGAGAUGCGGGAGGCGAAGCUGGAGCCCGACGUCAUCAGCUACAGCGCUGGGAUCAGCGCGUGCGAGAAGGGCGAGCAGUGGCAGGCGGCGCUUGCGCUGCUGAGCGAGAUGCGGGAGGCGAAGCUGGAGCCCAACGUCUUCAGCUACAACGCUGGGAUCAGCGCGUGCGAGAAGGGCGAGCAAUGGCAGCGGGCACUUGCGCUGCUGAGCGAGAUGUGGGAGGCGAAGCUGGAGCCCGACGUCAUCAGCUACAGCGCUGGGAUCAGCGCGUGCGAGAAGGGCGAGCAGUGGCAGGCGGCGCUUGCGCUGCUGAGCGAGAUGCGGGAGGCGAAGCUGGAGCCCAACGUCUUCAUCAGCUACAACGCUGCGAUCUGCGCGAGUGAGAGAUGCAGCCAGUGGCGGCAUGCAUUUUCGCUGCUCAGAGUGAUGCGGGAACGCCAUGUGGAGACGAACGAUAUCAGUUACAAUUUAUGCAUCACGGCGUAUGAGAGGUCGUCUCGCAACUUGGCAGGCUUGUCCUGCUAUCGUUGUAUCGGCCUUUCCCGUUUUCGAGCGUCUUGCGGGGCACUGUCCGUGUGGGAACCUGCUGGGGAACCAUUGUGAUCACGUGGGCGAACAUCCGUAUUUUGAAUUUGGCAGCAGUGUUCCGUCGCGCAGGAAGCCGCUUCGGAUACCAUGACGUGGAUCCGCCCUGGUUGGCUACAGCACUGAGAUCAGCACUUCUGAUAGAGGCGUCCAGUGAAAGCGGGUCCUGCCGAUGAUCAGCGAUCUUUUGAUUGUGAAGCUGGAGCCCAAUGGCGACAGUUGCUCAGCGAGGUGCGGGA